GUCUCACUCCUGUCACCGGAGGUCUCGGAGUCACAGCAGAAACAGGGACCACAGCCAGCGCAAAACUAGAGAAAAGGACAGGACACGAGACAAAAAUAGGGACAAAGGCAGAGAAGCCGAAAAAGUCAAAGAAAAGGAGAAACAUAGGGACAAAGGAAGCAACAAAGCUGGAUUAGAACAUCUGACACCUGCGGAACAUGCCAAAUCACGACUCCAGCUUGUACUUCAAGCGGCAGCAAAAGCCGACGAAGUACUGAAAGCAAAGGAAAAGGUGGACGAGCAAAAGAAAAUAAAAGAGGAAGUAGAGGAAGUCACUCUGGCGGAGCAGGUGAGGAGAAUAAAGAACAUCGAGGCCAUCGAGAGCGACUCUUUUGUUCCUCAGGCUUUCAAAUCAUCUCGGGAUACCGUCAAGGCGGCUGAGAUGUCAGAGAUAAAGAGCGAGUCAGAGACUGCCGCUGUGAAAGAAACCACCUCUCUGCCCACUUCCAUCACAUACAAUGACAGCGACGGCCUGGCUCACCCCAGUUUAUUCUUGGAUAAAGAGCAGGCGGAGAAGAUGUGGGUGAGCCGACUUAUUUCUCUUCGUCACGAGAGACUCAUGGGAAGUCCGGUACCCUGAUGACGCCCCACAACCGCUGUUGGCGCAGUAUUAACAGAAUUAUUGGAUCUAUUGUAAUGCUAUCAGACUUUUCCUGUUUUAUGAAUCUGUUCUUUUAACAUCAAACACAUUUUAGUGACCGGCUGUUGCUUUCUAACUUCACACUGUUCUUAGGAUUUGGUUUCUCUUCUGUCCCAAUUCUGUAUGCUGGAACUUAGAAUAAAGUGCAACUGCACCACCUGGUGGUUUAAGUGGGAAAUAUGUACAUAACCUCAAGUGUGUCAAUGGAUAUUCAUUGAUAAGUCCUGUUCAGCUGUGGGUGUUAUGCUUUCCUAAUUUUUCUUUUUUUCUUUAUUAAAAUACAUCAAUACA